AUGGGCGUCAGUAUUGAGACUCUUUCUGCCGGCGAUGGCACCAACUUCCCUCAACGAGGAGACAAGGUGAAAAUUCACUAUGUCGGCACCCUCAUUGACGGAAAGAAGUUCGACUCGAGUCGGGAUCGUGGGGACCCAUUCGUGACGGAGAUUGGCGUCGGGAAGGUGAUCAAGGGCUGGGAUGAAGGCGUGCCACAGCUAUCACUAGGCCAGAAAGCCGUCCUCACAGUCAGCUCAGACUACGCAUACGGCGCCCGCGGAUUCCCACCAGUGAUUCCUCCGAAUUCGACGCUUAAGUUCGAGGUCGAGCUGCUCCAGAUCAACUAG